UCAAAUCUGAUUUUUUCUAUAUAUAAUACACUACAUCCCAGUACAAUCCAACGAAAAAAUAAAAUGACGAAAAAUUCUAACUUACCCGAAGCAAGCUCAGUUAAACUAAUCGUUUCAGACGUUGAUGGAACACUUCUUAACAAAGAACACAAACUUCAUCCUAGAACGUAUCGUGCUUUGAAGUAUAUCCGUGAAAAUUAUCCCGAACUCCCAAUUGUUCUUGCUACAGGAAGACAACGUUCUUCGACGAGGGAAAUCUCCAAGUCAUUGAAUUUGGAUGUAUUCCCUGCUGUUCAUUUGAACGGAGGUGUCCUGUAUGAUAAAGGAGAACCCGUUUACAUUGAGCAACUCUCGACGGAAGCUCUUUUUGAAGUGUACGACCGAAUCAAGGACAUGCCCACUGUCGGAAUGGUUGUAUAUGAUGAGAACACUGUUUAUGUAAUGAAAGAGGACGGCCCAGAGAAGCCUCUCGUUAAGCUUCUUGCACAUUACGGUGAGGUUGUUGACAUGGACACUCCCUCGCAAGCUGUGCGCCAUAAUGUCCUUCAUAAUGACUGUAAGGUCGUCAAGGCUGGCUUGUUAGGAACUCCUGAGGAUCUGGAGAAGAUUCAUGAAAUCUUAAAAGAUUUCCCAGUAACGAGUUUUAGCCCUAUGAUUUCUACAAACUUUUCCAUUGAGCUCGUCCCCUCGAACAUUAACAAGGGAACAUCUGUAAUUGCUAUAAUUACUAACAUUUAUCACGAUAUUGAGCCCGAGAAUGUUAUUACUUUUGGUGAUAGCCAAAACGAUAUCUCUAUGUUCAAGGUUGUCCAUUGGUCUGUCAGCAUGGCCAACGGAAUGGACAUUGCCAAGAAAUGUGCAAGAACAAUCUCACCCCUUUCUAAUAACGAAGGUGGUGUUGGAGAAGUUCUUGAGCGUAUUUUUGAAAUUCCCACUUCCUACAAUCCACUUAACUGAGAAGUUUUAAUGUGGUACUAGUCUAACAUUUACGUCCUUUUUUCGUUAUUGUAUUAGCAUAAAACAAGCAUUUAUAUAACAAAUAUGUUAAGUUUUGGAUCUAAUAAAACCGCAAUGAUGAAAGUCACAAAUUGGCUGCAAUUAUUUUAAAGCUAAGUGAAACAAUGACAUCCAGCGGGGGGUCGGAUUCACG